GUGUCGGAUCCACGAUGUCCAAGAAGGCAUGGAUUCUCUCCAUCUUCCAACCGCUGUUGCAGCUGCUGCUUCUGCUCCUCCACUCUGCUUCAACUGCUCCAGCAACACCAUUUGUACAGUCGUCAUCAGGACUCAGCAGCACUUACUUUGGAGUGGCCGUGACCUUGACCUGCAAUGUGACCCAAACUUCUUCGAGUCUUAUGUACAGCUGGAAGUUAAAUAGUUCGACAGUGCAGACAGCAGCGAGCUCUAACACUUACCUGGUGGAUGGCGACGAAGCUGAUUCCGGAUCAUAUGUGUGUGUAGUUGAGGACGGUACGGGGUCUGCCAGCAGCUCGCAUUCUUCUUUACAGUAUCAUCCAUCCCAGCAACACCCGUCAUCACACACAGCCCGGUGACCUACGGUGACACCGUGACGUUGACCUGCAGCACAGCCUCCGUCGGCACCUGACCUACGAGUUCUUCGCCAACAACGUCGGCGUCAG